CGCUACCCAUGCCUACAGCAGCAUGCACGUCGAGGCUAUUAAAAUAAAAUAAAAGAAAGGUGGAUGAAAAACGUUGUUAUUUGAGCAGCGCUACAUUGUAUCGCCGUGUAUAGCGGGUAGCUGCUGUCUGGUCCCGCUCCGCCCUGAGACUGAGAGAGGACGCAUGUGCUGAUCCGCUGCGGCGACGCGCUCACUCAGCUCCUCUAAUCUGCAUUCAUACCCGGGCUCCGAGGCUGGGAUACCACACCACAGCCUGUUCAUGGGCUUCGAUAGCAGGAUCGGUUUUAAGGCCUACUAGGGUUUUUUGCCUUGUUAAUUGUUAAAAAAAGAAGAAAAUAACUCGGAAUAGGAGCGAUAGCCUCGACUCGUCUGGUUCAGCUGCAGCCUCGGCUCCUGCGCCUCCUUCGUCAUGUUUCGCAGGGAGACACAGCAGUAGAUAGUACACCGAGACGUCCGUCCGCAAGCGGAAGAGAAAACCCGAGUGGUUGAAGAUGACUCCGUCGUGUUUAGUCUCCAAAUGCUCGGCAGCAAUGGCGAAGCCUUCCCUCCCUCUGCAGCUCUUCUUCUGGGUGCUGGUGCUCCUCAGUCUUCCUACAAGUUCGAUCCAGACGGACGAGGACGACGAGGUGGCCAACAAGACGUGGGUGCUGACUCCCAAAGUGUACGAGAGCGACGUCACACACAUCCUCAACAGCCUGCUGUAUGGCUACGACAACAAGCUGCGCCCCGACAUCGGAGUCAAACCAACGGUGAUCCACACAGACAUGUUUGUCAACAGCAUCGGCCCGGUAAAUGCUAUCAACAUGGAGUACACCAUCGACAUCUUCUUCGCCCAGACGUGGUACGACCGGAGGUUAAAGUUCAACAGCACAAUGAAGGUCCUGCGCCUCAACAGCAACAUGGUCGGGAAGAUCUGGAUCCCCGACACCUUCUUCCGCAACUCCAAGAAGGCCGACGCCCACUGGAUUACCACGCCCAAUCGCAUGCUCCGGAUCUGGAAUGACGGACGCAUCCUGUACACUCUGAGGUUGACUAUCGACGCUGAGUGCCAGCUUAAACUGAACAACUUUCCCAUGGAUGAGCACUCCUGUCCCCUGGAGUUUUCAAGCUACGGCUACCCCCGGGAGGAGAUUGUCUACAAGUGGAAGCGGAGCUCGGUGGAGGUGGGGGACAUCCGGUCCUGGAGGCUGUACCAGUUCUCCUUCGUGGGCCUGAGGAACACCUCGGAGGUCGUCAGGACCGUGUCAGGCGACUACGUGGUUCUGACGGUGUUCUUCGACCUCAGCAGGAGGAUGGGCUACUUCACCAUCCAGACGUACAUCCCCUGCACCCUGAUCGUGGUCCUCUCCUGGGUCUCCUUCUGGAUCAACAAGGACGCCGUGCCCGCCCGGACCUCCUUAGGCAUCACCACCGUGCUGACCAUGACCACGCUCAGUACCAUCGCCAGGAAGUCCCUGCCCAAAGUGUCCUACGUGACGGCCAUGGACCUGUUUGUGUCCGUGUGCUUCAUCUUUGUGUUCGCCGCGCUCAUUGAGUACGGCACACUGCACUACUUUGUCAGCAACCGCAAGCCCAGCGCCAAGAAGGACAAGAAGAGGAAGAACCCGCUCCUGCGACUCUUUUCCUCCAAGCAGACGCCCACGGUGGACAUCCGCCCGCGCUCCGCCACCGCCAUCCAGAUGAACAACGCCACGCACAUGCAGGAGCGUGACGAGGAGUACGGCUACGAGUGCCUGGACGGUAAGGACUGCACCAGCUUCUUCUGCUGCUUCGAGGACUGCCGCUCCGGCGCCUGGCGCCACGGCCGAUUGCACAUCCGCGUGGCCAAGAUAGACUCGUACGCCCGCAUCGGAUUCCCCACCGCAUUCGGCCUCUUCAACCUGGUGUACUGGGUGUCCUACCUUUACCUGUAGGGCCCCGGGACCGGGCCGCUCUUGACGGCGGGAUGGAUCAUUCACACACCCUUUUGGCCCAGUGAUGGACACUUGUUUGUUUUUAGUGUGUUUUUCUUGUUCAUUUUUUAAAAGGAGGCGACCCUCCUCAGAGAAGAUUUCAUUUCACGUUUUGAUUUUGAAUUUCCCUCUCCCCACUAUUUAUGUGAAUAGUGAUGUUUGUUUGUUUGUUUGUUUCGAUGCUUCUUUUGAGGACAAUGCAAUUGUUGUAGCAUUUAAUAACUUGCAUAGAAAGGGGCUAAAGAUUUUUGUUUUUCCACAAAAGAAGAUGAAAAAGAUUGUUCUUGGAAAUAGCAAGGUGGUUCUUUCACUUGUUGGUUUGAACACCAGUUAUGUUGCUAAAUUCAACCUUAGGAAAGGACUACAAAUCCCACACCCACACAGUCACACCUGAUAGGGAUAUUCUAUUAAGACGCCUAGCAUACACAUUUGAAAGACACCUCAUGCACCUGCACCAUUAUCUUACUCGCAUUCAUCAUAUUUUGAUUAUUAUGAUAGCAAAAUAUGCCACAACCUAAUGGAGGUACUUUAUCAGUAGUUAUGGUUUUGUGAUCAAAUUUGAUUUGUUUUUUUCCAAUAACAGUUUAGCCCGAUGAAACAUUACAUCUUUCAUUUGUGGUCUGAGAUUUAAGCUGCGAUUCAUGAUGCUUUGGUUACAUGUACAAACACUGUAUAUAAUUUACUAUUCCUUAGUCGUUUACAUUUAUUGCAUGCACCUUUCAGGCCGAAACUAAAUAUGUUUUGAGGUCUUCUAUUGUUGGCUAUGAAAAGUAAGAGAGAAUUGUUGAUUAUCAUUCAGGAUUUAGUUAUAUAUUAUAUUUAUUUUCUCUUAUAUAAGAAAAUUAAAAAAUGUUACCAUAAAAAAAUGUACCUAGGUUUUUUAUUUUUUUUAUUCUUUCAGACUAAUCAGUGGCCAGUUGGAUUAGUCAGAUGUUGGUCAGAAUUUUCAGCCAUCACCCAUUCACCAAAUAGUGAUAGAAACUGUUACCCUUCCUGCUUUAUUUCCUUCUUUCUACCAUUCUUGAAACACUUUUUAUUCCUGCUUUUGUUCAGUAUUUUAUAUACAUGGAUAAAAAGGAAUAUAACAAGUACAUGUAAGGUAAACGUGGACUUUGUUAUUCAUUAUAAUACAUCAUGUAUGUCUCACCAUACAUGGGCCAUACAUUCGCACACUCAUGCCUCCGUAUGCAUGAGUGAGUGGUCCUGCAGUUUUCAAAACAUUUUCAAAUCCACAAUGAGCCAGUGUGAGUUACAGCAUUGUCUGAACAUACUUUAAGAUCAAAGGCAACAUUCGAUGCAGCGGGUAAUACUGAAAUGAAAGAUUUGUUUUAAUUGUCUCGAUUGUAAUAGCAUAUGAUCAUAGAUUUAUUUCAUAAUGCUGCACAGGCUGUGCAGGAUAAUGUGGGGAAUUAACUCAUAUAUUUAAAAAAACAGGCGUAUGCCUUUGAGGAAAGAAGAAAGGCAGGAAGCUAUUUUGACUUUUUUUUUUCCGUCGUGAUGGAGUCUUAUCCUGUUUAUCCUAUAGUGUGAUUCUAUGUUGCGGUUGACCAACGCUGCUGUCAAAAGGCUUGUCAAACAACUGUGUUGACAAACAAUUCUUGGAAAAAAAAUGAUGCAACAUCUUUUAAAGUGUAGACUUAAAGUAGAAAGCAAACAAAAUAAAGUAUGAUGUUAUCACCAUCGUGAUUUUGGACAAUGUGGACAACCUAUUUAUUUCUGUAUUUAUUUUAUUAAUUUAUUUGUUUAUUUGUAUAUUUUUUUUCACCAAUAUCUUACUCCGUCAUAAGGGUUUUCUUGUAUGUCUCGUGCUCCUACCACAUAGAUUAGUAACUAGUAUCUGAGUGUGGCCACACUCUCCACACCUUGGAAUAGAUUAAAUUCUUAGGGUUGCUUAUUUUUGUUGGAAGGUGCCAAACUCCAAACGCAGAUCCAACGAGACAUUGGCCGGGAUCAGGGAGUGUGUUAGCGUUAUUGUGUGCCCUGUCUUAAGAUCACUUUUUGACACGGUUCUUAUUGAUGAGAAAGUGGAGGAACGCAAGAGAUUUUCAUUUGAGGCCAUUUGCAAAUGUGUCUGAAUCACACAAACAUCAUGAAUAUUAAUACUGCUUUCUUUCUUCAUGUUUUUUACUUGACUUCUCUUCUCUCUCUUUUAUUUCAACUUCUCCAACGAGUACACAUCAUAGCGUAUAAAAGCUGCGUUAUCAAAGGAUCUCCAGUAAUGGAGAUCAAAUAUCAAGCCUUGCUGUUGAUGACUAGACAUACCAUCAAAUGCAAAACAUGUAUUUUUUGUAAUGCUUCUACUGUUUACCUAGAUUUGAUCAACAGAUUUAUGCAGGAAACCAGAGUGGCAUGCAAUAUCCAGCUUACUUCAUUUGCAAAGUAAACAAAGUACUUACUCUGUUUACGAAACAUAUCGUUCUUUGAAUGCUAGCAUGUUUCAUCUUUGAAGAGGGCCGUGUAACAAAUUUUAUUUUACUUUUCAUGUAUUUAUGGAAAUAAAUGCUUGUUUUGUUGUUCAGUCUUUUAAAAUGCUCUAUCUUCACCAUGAAGUCGUGUUGAUGUGUGGAUUCCGGCAGGUUUGAACAUUAUUAUAAAUAUUCAAAGAAUUAUUUCAAAAGAAACAAAACAAAGCUUUGUGUUUUAUGUGUCCUCAGGCCCUUUUCUUUCAUGGACAUUGGCAUUUACAAUACCUUUUUCUUUGUUUGUUUAUUUAUUUAUCGAUUAAUCUUAAAAAGAAAGUGAACAUUUUCACUUCAGAACCAACACGUGUGUCUUGAGAGCACAUGUAAAUAGUUUCUAUGUUUUUCUCUCUUUUGUCAGACUGCAGACAACAGGUGAUGGUGUCGAUACACCGGUACAAUGUCGAUGUGACUGGUGGGUCAAUGGCUGUGUGGCUGGUAUCCAAAAUAACAACAAAACGAAUAAAAAAAAACAAUGACAGUGAAAUAUCUGAUUACCCUAGACAUUGUUUGCCAUCUAUGUAUCAUAUAUCUCUUCUGUAUGUAUAUAAAGGGCACUAAAGAAAUUCUGGUAAGGUCUGCAUAAUAUAACAUACAUAUACUGGAAAAAAAUAAUAAUAUAUAUAUAUCCUUUUCAUAAGGGAAUUGCACACAGCUGUGGAAUUUUACAAUAAAACGGUUGCAUUAAUGA